GUUUUCCGCCGCGCGGACAAAAAUGAUGACGGGAAGCUGUCCCUGGAGGAGUUCCAGCUCUUCUUUGCCGACGGCGUGCUGGACGAGCGGGAGCUGGAGUCGCUGUUUCACACCAUCGACUCCGACAGCACCAACCACGUGGACACCAAGGAGCUGUGUGAUUACUUCGUGGAGCACAUGGGGGACUACGAGGACGUCCUGGCCUCGCUGGAGACCUUGAACCACUCGGUGCUGAAGGCCAUGGGCUACACCAAGAAGGUGUACGAGGGCGGGAGCAGCGUGGACCAGUUCGUGACCCGCUUCCUGCUGAAGGAGACGGCCAGCCAGAUCCAGUCGCUGCUGAGCUCGGUGGAGAGCGCCGUGGACGCCAUCGAGGAGCAGACCAGCCGGAUCCGCGAGAACCACGGCAGGCCCAGCCCCGGCGUGGGGGAGACCUGGCACCGCUCCUCUCCACCCUGUGCCCCCACCCACAAGCUCAUGGCCCCAGAACAAGGGCCCAGCCUGCCGCCUGCCCCUGGGGACCUGAGGGAGGAGGGCCUGGGGGCCCAGGUGAGCCGGCUGGCAGAGCUGAUAGGGAGGCUGGAGAACAAGACGCUGUGGUUUGACCUGCACCAGCGCCUCUGGGAUGAGGAAGGCACCCCCAUGCACCUGCAGCUGAUCCGGCAGGAGCUGGCCGUGUGCCCCUCACAGCUGAGUGCCUUCCUGGACGCCCUGCGCCCGUACCUGCGGGGCACUGCUGCGGUGAGGAGCUGCUUCCACAUCGCCGCCGUGAGGCUGUCAGACGGCGCCACCUUCGUCAUCUACGAGUUCUGGGAGACGGAGGAGGAGUGGAAGAGGCACCUGCAGAGUCCUGAGGGCAAGGCCUUCCGGCACGCCAAGGUGGACGCGCUGAGCCAGCCCGAGGCCCUCUCGCGGAUCGCCGUGCCAGCGGCCUGGUGCACCGUGGGCCGGGAAUGACCCCUCGCCGUGGCCUGCAGCCAAGGAGCCGGUGGCCCUGCCCCGUUUCUAGAAACUGCUCUUGGCGCUCACUGCUGUGUUCUCGGCAAGAAUGUCCUUCCGCUGCUCCGACUGGGCGGGGGGGGCACCUUCCCCCUCCCCACAAGGAACAGCCUCCAAGUGGGGCGCCCCGGCUCCCCCCUCCUCCAGCCAGCGAGGCGCAGCAGGACUCCCCCCGGGAGGGGCACCGCGGCCCCCCUUCCUCUUCCCGUAGGAGCCGUGACCCUGUAGUGCCUACCCUGGGCAUGGGCUGAGCCCACGUAGCCUGCGCUGUGACGCCGACAGCGCACCCAGCACCCAAUAAACGCUGCUCAGGAGUGGC